AAAGUCGAUAGAAAAUGGUAUUACCAUAGCAACGUUGAAACGCAAAACAAACAAAAUUUUUUAGUUAUGUAGCGAAAAUCUUUAAAUUUUAACAAAUUGAUAAGCUUAUUUUAUAUAUUGUUGCUUUAAAGUUGUAAAUAACAUAUACUCGAACAGCAUGACAACUAGCAAGAAGUGUGACGAUAUCAAUCAAAUAUUUAAUACCAGUAAACGGCCAAACAUUCCUAGUCACGGCCAAAUACCGAAAUGGCUCGAUGAUAUAACGGGGACUGUUGUACAAAAUUCAAAUGGGGAAAGUACCGCAGAUGACAGUGAUAGAUUCUUCCAUCUCGUCGAUUUAAGUCGACUAAAAGACGGUUCUGAUAUUCCCUCGAGAAUCUUUUCGGGGGAUGUAACAUUAGAAAAACCAAACACACGACCGAAGGAGAACUCACCGAAAUUUGGAAGACGGGCCUCAUUGUCAUCUCAAAUUUAUGCCCGUCAGACACCACGACACUUAAAGCUCUCCAAGUUUGAUUACAUCGUGCCACAACUAGAAGGAAACCACGACUUCGCCUCCCUACAUAAGGAGAUGAAGCAAACAGAUUUGGAGAAAUCAUGGAGGAGUUUGAAUUCAUUCGCAAAGACCCAUAAGGGAAGAUUAGAUAGUGCCAAAAAUGACUUUUUUUAUUCUUCUUAUGGGAAUGCAAGUACAGAAUUCGAAAUGGGCGACUGCUACAGUCCGUUCCUUUUGGAAAAUAAGACGCCGAUCCGAAGUCGAAGCGAACUGUCGCAUUACGUCCCAUUCUACGUCUACUCCAACAUACAAAAGGCCACCGAAUCCUGCAUGUUUAACAAUCGCGGUCUGGCGAGCAAAUCGAAAUCGUCCGAGGACAUAUACGAUUUCAACGCCAAGAACAGCAUCGAAAGGCAGCUGAGCGAGUACAAACUUCGGGUGAACCAGGAGAAUUUGUUACGAGAGAAAAUUAUCAACGAGCUGCUUACGGAGAACGAACGCAUUACCGAACGACUGAAGCAGAGGAGUUACAAGAAGAAGUCGGAAGCCGAGUUGCCGAGUUAUAAUCAGAUGCGAUUCACGCAGUCGAAUGGAGAUUCUGACUUUGUAAUACCUGAGCUGCCCACUGGGAGGGUGCUAAAAAUUCACAUAUUUAGCACGUGGGGUGAUAAGCACUAUGUGGGAUUGAACGGGGUUGAGUUAUUUGGAGAUGAAGGCAAUGUUAUCAGUGUGCAGAAGAUUGAAGCUUCACCGGCCGACGUUAACGUCCUACCGGAAAACUGCAAUGAUCCUCGGGUGGUUCAAAAUUUAUUGGACGGAAUUAAUCGCACUCAAGAUGACGUCCACCUCUGGUUGACGCCAUUUGAAAAGGGUCUCAGUCACAGCGUUACCAUCACUUUUACGUACCACACGGCAAUUGCAAUGAUGCGAAUAUGGAAUUAUAACAAAUCUCGUAUUCAUUCAUAUCGCGGCGUUCGCCAUGCCGUAAUCACAUUGGACGACAUUCCUAUAUUUAAAGGCGAAAUUGCUAAAGCUUGCGGGGGUAUGUUGGGAGGCGUGGACGCCUUCGGAGAUACAAUUUUAUUCACAACGGAUGAGAACAUUUUGGAAUCGAUUUCGAAGAACGAUCUUUCAUUCUCAACCCUAUCUACGACAUCAAGGCCGGAACUGCCGUCCACUAUGGAGCGACCUCCGACCGUUGCCACAAUGGAGAGCCGUCCUUAUACUGGUAUGCCGCUGAUGAAGAAUAGUUAUACGGAACCGACCUCCCGAGACCAGAUACUCUUAGGUGGAAAUCGCAUAGAUAUAAUUUUACUCGCGAACUGGGGUUACACUAACGUUAUCGGGUUAACCGGUCUGGAGAUCGUGGGCAUAUCCGAGGAUAUCAUAGAGAUCACUGAAGAAAAUAUUCAGUGCAAUACUAUGUCCAAAAAUUCCAGCCUGGAAUCACUAAUCAACGGUGAGAACGUUACAACCGACGUUAACAACAUGUGGUGGGUUCCUCACAGGCAGGGACAGAAAGUAAUCAUUACCAUCCAGUUUAAUUGCUUUACGUAUUUAUUAGGAGUGCGCAUAUGGAAUUACAACGGAAGCCCAGAGUACACCUACGCGGGAGUUCAAGCGAUUAAAAUUUUACUAGACGGAAAGCACUUGAUGAAUCCCAUAAGAAAAGACGAAGUGUUCUUGUUGCGUCGAGCUCCCGGAAAUGCUCACUACGACUUCGUUCAAGACUUGAGGUUUACCGAUUCGGUCGACGCCGGGGACUACUCGAAUAGCCAACCGUUAAAUACGUCUUUUCACUCGUUGAGUCUGUACAAAAAUGAAAUGCCGGAAGGUUUCGUCUUUCAGUUCAUCAUUUUUUCCACAUGGGGCGACCAGUAUUACUGCGGAUUGAACGAAAUUGAAAUUUACGACGAGCACGGGGACAAAAUUACUUUGGAAGAGCAGAAUAUUUGUGCGUAUCCAGAGAGCAUUAACGUACUUCCUAACGUUAGUGGAGAUAUACGGACGCCCGAUAAGUUGAUAGAUGGUGUAUAUUUCGACACGGACGGUGCACAUUCGUGGUUAGCACCCAUUGUCCCCGAAUGCCUCAACAGAAUUUACAUCGUUCUUGAUACACCCACCACAAUCUCCCUUGUAAAAAUUUGGAAUUACUCGAAAACACCAUCGAGAGGCGUCAAAGAAUUUGGGGUCCUGGUUGACGAUCUUCUGAUAUACAACGGCAUUUUAGAGAAAUACGUUAAAAGAAACGGAUUCCCUAGCUACCGCAGCAUAGUUUUCACCAAUGACAAGAAAACAUUAGAACAGGAAAUCCACACAUACAUCAGGCAAAGCAGUGGGAAACAGGAAGUAAUUUUAUUGGAUGACAAUCGAACUGCAACGGUUGGUUCAUUGCCAAAUCCAGAUCAAACACUGCGACCAUUUACUUCGGUCAGUCCAUUUGAUAAGAGUUACACUACUCAAUGAUUAUUAUUUAUGAUUAUACUUAAGUGUUAUCUACAUAUCGUUUUAGGUAUAGGCCAAAUGUACUAUAUUUUUUUUAUAUUCUAGUUGUAAUUGUCAGGUAGUACCUAUCUAAUAUGUUACUACAAAUAUUUAUACAUGAAAUACACAAAAUGCCAAA